GGGCCGACGAUUUAAAAAAGGUGGCAGGUUCGGGAUGGAUGAGGACUGCCCAAGAUCGGGAUGGCGACUACGAUGCGGAGGCACUAGACAAUAUUGCAUGGCUCAAUUGGCGUAGAUACGGAGGGCUGGUAAAGGAAGUUCCUGGUGUAAAAUUGUUAAAUGUUUACGAACCUGAACUAAUAGAAGCGGUUUUUCGUCAAAAAGAACGAUAUCCAGCCCGAAGGAGCCACAUUGCAAUGCUACAUUAUCGUCUCAGCAAACCAGAAAUAUACAAUACGGGCGGGCUUCUUUCCACUAAUGGUCCAGAAUGGUGGCGAAUUCGAAGUUCAUUUCAGAAAAAUUUUUCAAGUCCUCAAAACGCUAAACAGUAUGUACAUGAUGUUGAUAAUAUUGCGAGGAAAUUUGUGAAAUGGGUUAAGGAAGGCAGAACUUUUUCUAAUAAAGAUUUCUUGCCUUACUUAAAUCGCUUAAACUUGGAAGUGAUUGGUGUUGUUGCUUUUAAUGAGCAUUUUGAAAGUUUUUCCCCGAAUGAACAACAUCCAGAGUCACGAAGCAGUAAAAUUAUUAAAUCAGCUUUUAGUUCUAACAGCGGUAUCAUGAAACUCGAUAAGGGAAUAUUGUGGAGAUAUUUUAAAACACCAUUGUAUAGAAAACUCGCAGAAUCUCAAGAAUAUUUAGAAAAAAUCUCUAUGGAUAUAUUGCUAAACAGAAUACAUUUUUACCAAAAAGAAAAGGAUGAUGCUGACAAAUCGUUGUUGGCUUCUUUUCUUCAACAACCUAAUGUCGAUAUUAAGGACAUUACAGGAGUUAUGGUGGAUAUUUUAAUGGCAGCCAUAGAUACGACUUCGUAUACAACAAGUUUUGCUUUAUAUCAUUUAGCACGAAAUCAAGACAGUCAGAAUAAACUAUUCGAGGAAUUGAUAUCACUAAUGCCUGAAAAAGAUGCAGACAUUACAUCCGAUAUAUUAUUGAAAGCUGUGUAUCUUAGGAGUUGUGUUAAAGAAAGUCUACGGUUGAAUCCCGUUGCAAUUGGAGUUGGACGAGUGUUACAAAAUGAUAUUAUAUUAAAAGGAUAUUUGAUUCCCAAGGAUACGGUGGUAGUGAUGCAGAACAUGGUAGCAUCCCGUCUACCUCAAUAUCUUCGAGAUCCCUUGCUUUUCAAGCCGGAGCGCUGGAUUCGAGACUCUGAUCACUACGAAAAUAUACAUCCAUUCCUAAGCCUCCCUUUUGGGUUUGGACCGCGGUCGUGCAUAGCACGGAGGCUUGCGGAACAAAAUAUCAGUAUUACUUUGAUACGGUUGAUUCGAGAAUUUAAAAUAAAGUGGAUGGGAGGUGAUCUCGGUGUUCGAACUCUAUUGAUUAAUAAGCCUGAUAAGCCGAUAUCAUUAUCAUUUACUACUAGAAGUUUAUAA